AUGUGGAGUUAUGGAGCACACACAGUGAACAAUAUAGGGGAUCUAAUCUAUGUAGACAAGGAUUUUAACAUUAACAAACUAUCUACUGAUGGUAGAAGAAAUUCUAUAAUGAUAGGGAAAGCAAAGCCAUGGAUACCGCAAUGUGUAUACUGUUCCCCCUCCAAUGGAGAUCUACUGAUCGGUAUGUACAAAAUUGAUUCACACAUGUAUACAGGCAAGAUAAUCCGUUACAACAACGCAGGGCACUAUAUACAGACAAUUCAACACAUAAACACUGAACAGAAACUGUAUACAAGGCCUAUUUAUAUCACAGAGAAUCGCAACCACGAUGUAAUUGUGUCUGACUAUACAACAAAAUCUAAUGGUGAUGUAGUUGUGACAGACCGUGGAGGAAGAUAUCGCUUCACCUAUACAGGACCUCCAUAUGAAUCAGGACUAGCACCACGUGGAAUCUGUACAGACGCGCUGUCACACAUCCUGGUAUGUGAUGCUAGCACCCACACAGUACAGAUGAUUGACAAAGAUGAUCAAUUUUUGUCCCUGAUAAUAGAAAGAGGAGAAAAUCACAAACCAGAGACCCUGGGUUAUGACCAAGAAAGUCAUCUUCUUGGGGUUGGAUCAUCGGACAGGACAGUGCAUGUAUACAGAUAUAUAGAGAGGCGGGAUUUUACGUCAGGUAAUUGUAUUUAG